AUGGCUUUCUUUCCUUGGAAGUCUGUGAUUAAUUCUAACCUUCUGCUCUUAAAAUUUUUGGGCUUAUGGCCAAAAGAAAACAAUUAUGGGCAUUGUGUAGAGUUUCAACCAAAAAACCCCAAUCAUGUGAAUUUAUCUCGCACCAUUUUACACAUAUGGAAACUCAUGUUUUACGCAAUGGUAGGUAGUGUAGUUGCAACUGUCUUGGCUUUGGAGGUCAUGCCUGUGCUCAGUGGUACUCUGGCACAAUAUGAGCUCCCGUUUUGGGCUUGGUAUCCUUACAAAACACGAACAUCGCCUCUUUUUGAAAUCAUCUAUUUGUAUCAAGAUCUUUGUGUGUUUUGUAUUGGGAUUGUCAGCGUAAACAUAGAUCUUUUGAUCAUGGCAUUGAUGAUGUAUGCUGGCAUUCAGUGUGAUCUCUUAUGUUAUGACUUGAAAAAACUCAACAAUGCAAAAAAUGAUUUUAAUAAUAAUUUAAUAAUGUGCAUAAAGCAUCAUAAGAAAAUUGAUAGUUUUGCGAAACACUCAAAUGUGUUUUUUAAUGAAAUUUUGCUAAUACAAUUUUUAACUAGCACGGCAUCAUUGGGGUUAGCUCUAUUUCAGUUUAGUUUGGUUGAUCCUUUAAGCCCUGAAGGCUACAUGAUUUUCUUGUACGUGUUAUGCAUCAUAACAGAAAUAUUUUUAUACUGCUGGUUUGGAAAUGAGGUGGAAAUCAAAAACGACGACUGA